CGUGAGUCGGAUGACGGGCACACCAGUCUGCGAACACCCGCACGCGCGCGCGCAUCCUUAGCCUUGUGUGUCGCGAAUGUGAAAAAAAAAGUUUAUUUUUUGAAAUUGGUAUGUACUGGAUAGCACACAGUCAUGAUAAGAGGGCCAGAGUCAUGCGUCUGCCCGAUUCAGGAGGUGGGGCCGGCGGUGAGCUGGGAGUCCGCCUGCUACACCUCGACGGUAGUGCUGUUCAUGAGUAUCCUGGAGUCCUACAUCAACGGGCGCUGCGACCUCGCUGAUCCCUGCAACAGGGUGAAGAACGCUGAUGCUCUGGAAGCAGCGUAUGACUUCGUUGUGGCUGGUGGAGGCACGUCGGGCGCGGUGGUCGCGGGCAGGUUGUCGGAGAAUCCACAGUGGAAGGUGCUGCUGAUAGAAGCGGGCGGUGACGAGCCCACGGCGUCGUCGGUGCCGGCGUUCGUGACGGCGUACUGGGGCCGCAACGACACCGACUGGAACUACGUGACCGUGCCGCAGGAGCACGCCUGCCUCUCCAGCGGCGGCGUCUGCUCCUGGCCGCGCGGGAAGAUGCUGGGUGGUUGUUCCACGAUCAACGGCAUGAUGUACAUGCGCGGCAACCCCGCCGACUACGACGGGUGGGCGGUGAACGGCGCGACGGGCUGGUCGUGGUUCGAGGUCCUGCCCUACUUCCUCCGCAGUGAAGACAACAAGGAGAUAGGAAGAGGCGUCUCCGGCAACUACCAUACGAAGGGUGGACCUAUGCCCGUGCAGAAGUUCCGCUACGCGCCGCGCUUCGCUCACGACGUGGUGUCGGCCGGCAUCGAGCUCGGGUUCCCGCCCACCAGCGACCUCAACGGGGAGACCUCCACCGGCUUCACCAUCGCACAGACUUUCAAUGAUGGUGGAUCCAGAUACAGCACAGCUCGUGGGUUCCUCCGGCCGGCGUCCAAACGACAAAACCUGCACGUGCUGCUGAACGCCCAUGUCUCCAGGGUGGUGAUAGACCCCGCCAGCAAGAGAGUCACUGGGGUGGAAUACAUCAAGAACGGGAUUAAGAGUGUUGUGGGGGUUAAGAAAGAGGCUAUCCUAUCAGCGGGUACGCUAAACUCGCCACAAAUCCUGCUCCUCUCCGGGAUAGGCCCCAAGGAAACCCUGGACAGGUUCAACAUUCCAGUGAUCAAAGACCUACCUGGGGUGGGUCAGAACCUACAGAACCACGUGGGAGUGGGUCUGGAGUUCAUCCUGAACAAGGAGCCUGAUGUACCGGAACUAUCGUGGCAGAGCGCUAUGGACUACAUGCUCAAUAGAAACGGACCGAUGUCUGGCACUGGUCUCUCACAGUUGACCGGCAAGGUGAACUCGCGGCUGGCGCCGGCGGGCGGGCGGUCGCCGGACAUACAGAUGUACUUCAGCGGCUACAACGCCGGCUGCGGCGACGGCAACUUCGGCACCAACUUCGAAGACAAGAGGACUGUGUCUAUAUCAGUGGUGGCGCUGCAGCCCCGCAGCCGGGGCUACCUGACGCUGCAGUCGGGCGACCCGCUGACGCCGCCGCUGAUGCAGCCCAACUACUUCCUCGACGAACACGAGGUGGAGGUGCUGGUCGACGGCGCCAGGAUCGCUUACAGGCUGGCCAAUACCACGAUAAUGCGCGAGAAGUACGGCAUGGAGCCGAUACCGGGGUACGCCAGCAAGUGUCCGGGCGGCGGGCCCAACCCGACCGACGACUACUUCCGGUGCCUGGCCAAGCUCGAGACCGCGCCGGAGAACCACCAGGUCGGCACGUGCAAGAUGGGCGCUAAGGACGACGUCAUGGCCGUUGUGGACUCGCAGCUCAGGGUGUAUGGUGUUGAAGGUCUACGCGUGGUGGACGCGUCUAUAAUGCCGACGCUGCCGUCGGGCAACACGGCCGCGCCCUGCGUCAUGAUCGGCGAGCGCGGCGCCGAAUUCAUCAUGACCAGGCACCAGCUGUUCAAGAACAAGUUCGGCGCCGACAAACCCACCGCUACGGAUGACAGUAAAAAAUACGGCGAGCACGACAGCAACUGGGCCCAGUGGGACAAGAACUGGAACGACAACAAGGGCGACGGCCAGCAGUGGGACAGGAACGAGCACGACAACUGGGACAGGCACCCCUACUACCACGGCACCUGGCACACGAAGAACCAGGUCAAAUACCAGCCCUCCAGAUAAUCGAUAAAAUAUAUUAAGGUGAUCGCACAUUUGUCAUCACGCACGCGCCGAACAAGCCGUAUUUUAGAAUUCGUUGUAUGAUGUGAAACCUCGCACAUUCGUCCACACCGUACGCGCCGCAUUUCGUGUACUAUGCGGUGCGUUCGACGCGUACGGUGCGAACAAAUGUGCGAUCAGAUAUUACGUUACUCGGGGAGAUUAGGUAAAGUAUAUUCCACACGAGCUCCGAUGAAUAGGGAGCUGCGGAAAACUAAUAUAGAAAAAUGUUUUACAUUCCCUUGCAAAAAAUAUUUUAAUAUGGUCCCAUUGAUUUGAUCCCAGUGGUCACGAAUUAAAUUAAUCUAAUGAUACAUCUCAAAUUAAUAUUUCCAAAAACUCUUUUAACUCUGAAGUCAACAGCUGCGAGUCAAUGAAAUAGAGGUUUAAAUAGUUAAAUACAUAAUAUGCAGUAGGUACACUCAAAAACAUAGUACUCUUGUUCUGUUGCAUUUAGGAAAUAUUAUUAGCUCGUCUGUCAAGCGCCCACCAUGGGCGUCUUACUCUAA